AUGUCCGAUAGGUAUGAUUUUUGAAGUUUUUGAAGAAAAUUGAUAAAAAGGGUUUUGAAAAAUUAGGAAAAAAAUCGAAUCUAAAAGUAUACCGGGAUAUUAUGAAAAGGUUAAAAUUGUUUUUUUUAAUCACAUUCAGCUCGAACCAAAUGUUUUGUUUGUUCGUUUUUGUUCCUUUCUCCUUUUUCAAUUCCCGGUGUUUUUUUUCUGUAUAUUUGUUCAUCAGAAUCAUGUACAAUGAUGAUUUCUGAAAACAACUAGUUCUGAAAAUUUUUAAUAUUCGAUAAAAAUAAUCUAUACAAAAGCGUGACCUUUUAACGCGCCUUUUUUUUUUGAAAAAUCCAAAUGAAAAUUUCAGUUUUUAGUGAUUUAAUUUUAGUAACUCACAGGGUGUUGUUAUCGGAAAAGUAAGCAAAUUAUUUCCAUUUUGCUCUUCUUCAAACAAACCUUUUUUCCAGAUGAAAUUUGAUGACUUCCUAUUCAAAAAUUUGGGCGAAAUCGGAAAAUUUCAAAUAAUUCAAUUAAUUUUUGUCUGCAUUCCAAUGGUUCUUGUUUCUUCUGAUGGUUUGAGUUGGACAUUUGCAUCAUUAGAAACACCAUUUCGAUGUAAAGUGCCUGAAGAAGGAAACAAUAAGAUUUAUAAAAAUGAAUAUUUGAAUUUCACAAAAUGUUAUGAUCGGAAAACAGAAGAACGGAAGAAUAUUGAAGAUUGGAAUAAAGAGGGGAUUACGGUAAUAAAACAUGUUUGGGGAUGAGAUAAGUAGAUUUGAUUUUUCAGUGUGAAUAUUCGGAAAAAUGUUGGUUAGACGGUGAAAAAUGCGAAGAAUAUGUGUUCGAUCACUCAUAUAUUUCAUACACCGCAACUGAAAAGGUGAGAAGUUGUAUUUUAGAGGAGGAGGGGAGCGGUGGAUCGAAUCAGAUAUAUUUGAAUUUUUUUCGGAAGCACUUCUUUGGCUCAACAAAAACCGACCAAACCUGAACAAAAUACCAAAAACCCUAGCCAAAAAAAUCCCCGCAUUCCUAAUUCUGACAAAAUCUUAGGAAAGGGACUAAAAAUGGAUCUCCCAGAAAAUUUUUCAAAUGAAGUCUAGAGAUUUUGGGUAGUAAAAUACGACUCAAAGUGACGCAAGAAUAAACGAAUUCUGAAAAUUCUGAAAAAACCCAAAAGUCUUUGACUCAACCCAUUCGGCUUAAAAAAUGGGAAUUCCAAAGUUUCCACAUAAACUUCGGAAAAAUUCUGUUCGGAGUUCUAGAAGCGAAAUUACGGAAUCAAAAUCGGAAGUCAACUCGGGGCUUCUGAAUUUGACAUUCCAACCCUGCCAUACAUCAAAAACAUUUUAUUUUCAGUGGGGAAUAGUUUGUGAUCACAAAUGGAUAAAAGCUUUAAUCCAAGCUGUUUAUUACAUCGGUCAAUUAAUUGGCUCAUAUCUUUUCGGAAUAAUUGGCGAUAAAUUUGGUCGAAAAGUUGCCCUAUAUAUUGCACUAACUCUUCAAAUUCCCUUCUGCUUUCUGAUUGUUUUUUCGCCUUGGUGGAUUGUUUAUGGAAUUGGUCGAUUUAUGAUUGGAUUUUCACAUGCUGGUGUUUAUUUAUUGGCAAAUGUUGCUGGAUUAGAGACAUUUGGACCAAAAUAUCGGAGAAUGGCUGGAGUUGCUAUUGGAAUGUUUUCAGCGAUUGGACAGAUUGCACUGGGUGUUAUUGCGAUAUUUGUGACAAAUUAUGCUCAUUUACAUUUGAUUCUUGCUAUUCCAACUCUUAUUUUUAUUUCGUAUUGGUGGUGAGUUAGACAAAAUCUAUAGAAAUUUUGAGAAGAAAAACGAACUGAAUGUUUUUUUAGUCAGAGUUUUUCUCAACAAAAAAAAAUUAAUUCGGACCAGGUUAGGAUUUGGAAAACACUUAGAAUUUCUAACACCGGUGAAUAUUUCAGGCUGGUUCCUGAAUCUCUUCGCUGGCUUGUCUCAAAACAAUAUUACGAAAAAGCUGAUAAAGUUCUUCGGAAGGCUGCAAAAAUAAAUGGAAAAGAAAUCCCAGAUGAAUGGUGGGAUGAUUUGGAUAAAAGUAAUAGUGAGGAAAAAUGCGAAAAUCUCACAACUGCUGAUCUUUUUCGAACAAAAGAGGUUAGAAAGCGAACAUUGGUCUUAUUUUUUGUUUGGUAAGAAUUAUUUCUUUUCUGGUUUUUUGAAAGUUAAUAUACUGAAACUAAUAUUUUAGGCCAACAAUUUCAAUGGUUUACUACGGUAUCUCAAUGAAGGCUGAUGUUUUGGGUGGUGAUAUUUACAUGAAUUUUAUAAUAUCUUCUGCUAUCGAAGUUCCUGCAAUACUUUUGGUUGCAUUGCUCAGCGAUCGUUUGGGUCGAAGAUUAUUAGUUGCAGGAAAUUUAUUCAUAUCUGGAAUUGCUUUGAUGCUAAAUUUGAUAAUUGAUAAAAAUGUGGGAUUUGUUAUAGCAGUUAUUCAAAUGGCUAUCGCAAAAGGAUCAAUUACAACAGCUUUUGCAACUUUAUUGAUUUAUUCACCAGAAUUAUAUCCGACAGUGAGUAGAAAUUCAGAAAUUCUAAUUCAGAAAUUAUAUUUUUGAACAUUCAGAUAAUUCGAAAUACAGCAACUGGAUUGUCAGCAACAAUCGCAAGAACUGGUGCUAUUUUGGCUAGUUUCAUCUCAAUGUGGAUUGUUGAAAGAUAUGGAAAAAUAUACAUGAUUAUCCCAUUUGGAACUUGCGCUAUAAUCGCUUCAAUUUUGACAUUUGUAUUUCUACCAGAAACUAUGGGAAAACCAUUAGCAGAUACGAUGGCCGAUAUUGAAAAUAAUCAGGAAUAUGAAAAAUUAUCGAAUUCAGAAGAAACUGAACCGAGUUCUGUGUCUUCGAAAUAA